AUGGAACCCACGGGCCACGCCGCCGUCGCCGCUCCUGUGGACCUGUCGCGCUCUGCCGCGCCGGCGGGUCUGAGCGCACCCGGUCUGAACGGCUCGGUUCCCGCGGGGACGCUAAACGCGCCGGCACUGAGCGCGGCGGGGCUGACGACGCCUCCCGGUUUGGCCGGCGCCGGACUGAGCCUGCUGCCGAGCCUGUACGGCCGUGCCGGAGGCGCCGGUGACUACGGUGUGCCGGCGAGCAGCGGAGGGGACGCGACCGAGUGCCGCCUGGUCGAGUACCGCGGCGAGCGAGUGGCGGCCUUCGUCCAGCGGAGCGGGGAGCUGCUCCUGUGCCUGCCACAGGCAUUCGAGCUGUUCCUGAAGCACUUGGUGGGCGGCCUGCACACCGUGUAUACCAAGCUCAAGAGGCUCGGCAUCAGCCCCAUCGUGUGCAACGUGGAGCAGGUGCGCAUACUACGGGGACUGGGUGCAAUACAGCCCGGCGUAAACCGCUGCAAGCUGCUCGCGUGCAGGGACUUCGACGCCCUCUACCGUGACUGCACCACUGCCAGUUCGCGGCCGGGGCGCCCGCCUAAGCGGUCUGGCAUCCUGCUGGGCCUGGCGGGCGCAGCGCAGCACCACCAGGUGGGAUCGGCGAUGCCUGUCUUGCAGGCCAUCAAGAAGAUGCGGCCAGACGGGGACUUCGCGUCCACCUACGCCAACGGAGAGGCCGUCUACGACGACUCGGUGGACAAGACCACCCUGCUGCUGAACUGCCUGCGGCAACAGAUGGCCGAUCCGCUGGGCCGUGGCCAGGGCCAGCCGGGCGUCCAACCGCUGCUCGCAAACGGGAGGCCGGAGAGCGCGGGCAGUCGCAACGACACCGCCUCGACGCCGUCGCUCGAGCACCAGCGGCCGACGACCGUCCCUGUGUCGCACAAAACCGCUGCGGGACCACCAGAGCUUGUCAUGGACGACAGCUGCUACAUGGCCAUGGAACAAGGACACGCCGAGGCCAAGUCUGCCGGGGCAGAUGGUCGGACCGGUUACGCGUUCGAGGUGACCGCACAGCACGCUAACCUGCCGCCGCAAGACCGUGGGGCCACCAGCGACGAGUCCGGAAGAACCGGACCGCAAGGUGACGACAGUCCUGACGAAGGCGACUCUAGCAAGGGUAGCUGCUGCCGCGACGAGCUCUUGGGCCCCGGCGAGGCGGCGGCCACUCCACCGAUCACGGGGUUUCCGGAGUCUCUGCAGGAGGCGGCUCUACUGCGCGCCUACGACGUGUACUCCAUGGAGGCCCUGCUGAGGAACAUACAGGCGCUGCUGCGUGUAGCCGCCGACGGCGCCAGGCAUCACGACCGACAGGUGUCCCUAGAAAAAGCCGAGCUUGGAAUGGAAAUUCUGCGUGAGCGAGAGUUGCGAGAAAAGGUGGAGAAGCAACUUGCUGAGGAACAGAAAUUUCGAGUGCUGUACCAGCGGCGUCUGCGGAGAGAGCGGCGGUCACGACGCAAGGUUCAGGAGCAGCUCCAGAACGAGAUCAAGCGCAGGCUCAAAGUGGAGGAAAGCCUGCGCGAGUCCUCGGCCGACACCGUGCGCUUUGCGGCCGAAUCCAUGGAGUCAAAGGACGGUUCGGACCAGGAAUUCAGACUAGACACUGAACAAAAGAUGCACGAUUGCGCCAUGUCUGUCUACGCUCCGGAACCACCUCGGUGCGGCAGCCCCGGGAGGUAGCGCGGUCGCGACGCCGAGCGGUUUUCGCCGCUGGACGGCGGUGGCGGCGCCUCCUCCUCCACUUAACGGGACGGGAGCGGCCAUUGCUUCCGUGGUCAGCUAGGAACGACGCCUUGCGGCAAGCAGCUAAGUUCGUACAUAGCGGAGGAACUGGAAGAGUGACGUGGACGUGUGCACGAGUGAUCUCUCGUUGUUGUACGCCAGAAAGAACGGCAAGUCCUCGCUUCUGUUCUCUCGUAGUUUGU